AUGAAGACCACCUUGGUAUCUUUUCUACUCUUGAUUAUAUCCUUCUCCAUAAAUGGUGCUCCAAUCGAUCUUCCAGAAUCAGAGGUGUUACCUAUUGCCGUCUUGACUGCACCAUUGCCGAAUACUUCUUGGAAAGUUGGAACAAGUCAAACUGUGUCCUGGAGUUUUUCUCAAAAUGGCAUCUCCACAUUUAACGUCAAUUUAAUGAACCCUGGAAACCCACCUACACUUAACCGAAUUCUGGCUCUCAACACGGAAUCCAGUAUAGGAUAUGUUGGAAUCGUGGUUCCGUUAGAUGUACAACUCGGUUCUGGUUAUUCUGUUGAUAUCACUAGAGAUUUUGUUGUCUUGUCUACCGUUUACAACCUGACCAUCACUGACCAAGAUCCUCCGAUAAUCCCUUACUAUAUUUGA